AUGAUGUUCAUGGCCAGUCUGUUCUCUUUUAAUAGCCCAGCCGUGAAGCUCUUAUUGGGCUGGAAGCAAGGUGACGAAGAGGAGAAAUGGGCAGAGAAAGCUGUCGAUGCCCUGGUGAAAAAGUUAAAAAAGAAGAAGGGUGCUAUGGAGGAGCUGGAGAAAGCCUUGAGCAGCCCCGGGCAGCGCAGCAAAUGUGUGACCAUUCCUCGCUCCCUCGAUGGGCGCCUUCAGGUUUCCCACCGAAAGGGCCUGCCCCAUGUUAUCUACUGCCGGGUUUGGCGCUGGCCAGAUUUGCAGAGCCACCAUGAACUGAAACCAUUAGAUAUAUGUGAAUUUCCCUUCGGGUCUAAGCAGAAGGAAGUGUGUAUUAAUCCAUACCACUACAAGAGAGUGGAGAGUCCAGUCUUGCCUCCGGUAUUGGUACCUAGGCAUAGUGAGUUCAAUCCGCAACACAGCCUUCUGGUCCAGUUCAGGAAUCUAAGCCACAACGAACCCCACAUGCCACAGAAUGCCACAUUUCCAGACUCCUUCCAGCAGCCGAACAACAUUGCCUUUCCCCUGUCUCCCAAUAGCCCUUAUCCUCCUUCACCAGCCAGCAGCAUGUACCCCAGUUCUCCGGCCAGCUCAGGACUGGCAAGCCCAUUUCAGCUUCCAGCUGAUACUCCUCCCCCCGCAUACAUGACUCCCGAUGACCAGAUGGGGCAAGAUAAUUUUCAGUCAAUGGAUACAAGCAAUAGUGUGAUUCCACAAAUUAUGCCAAAUACAGUUAACAGAGACGUCCAGCCCGUGGUCUAUGAAGAGCCCAAGCACUGGUGUUCGAUUGUCUACUAUGAAUUAAAUAAUCGUGUGGGCGAGGCCUUUCAUGCAUCUUCAACCAGCGUCCUAGUGGAUGGAUUCACAGACCCUUCAAACAACAAAAGUAGAUUCUGCUUAGGUUUAUUGUCCAAUGUCAAUCGCAAUUCCACAAUUGAGAAUACCAGGCGACACAUCGGGAAAGGGGUUCAUCUUUAUUAUGUUGGUGGGGAAGUUUAUGCUGAGUGCUUGAGUGACAGCAGCAUAUUUGUUCAGAGUAGAAACUGCAACUACCAUCAUGGUUUUCACCCUACCACUGUGUGCAAGAUUCCUAGUGGCUGCAGCCUAAAGAUUUUUAACAAUCAGGAGUUUGCUCAGCUUUUGGCACAGUCUGUCAACCACGGAUUUGAGGCAGUGUAUGAGCUCACCAAAAUGUGCACUAUUCGCAUGAGUUUUGUGAAGGGUUGGGGUGCUGAAUACCAUCGGCAAGAUGUAACCAGUACUCCGUGUUGGAUUGAAAUUCAUCUUCAUGGGCCCCUCCAGUGGCUGGAUAAAGUACUGACACAGAUGGGCUCUCCUCUUAACCCCAUCUCCUCUGUUUCCUAG